GACGCUUACCGUCGCCCCACGGACACUCCUGCCCGGCGAUGACGAUGACGUGGUACGGAUGCGCGUCGUCGGCGACAAGCGGCGGGAUACGGUCGCGGCGCGGCGUGCGCUCCUGGCCUGCCACGCCCUUGCCCUUUGACCGGCGUGCCUUCUGCGCCUCGGAGCCCUCGGCCGGCGACUCUGCGUCCUCCUCCUCGUCGUCACUCACGUCCCAGCCCGCCUGUGGCGGCACGUACUCGCCGACGCGUCCGAGGAGCACCUCCAGAUCGCCCUUCGGCAGGCUGGCGCCAUGAUUCCAAGUGAUGCAGCGCACCUUGAUCUGCGGGCGCUGCAGCUUGAUCGUCGUUGCUGUGGCGCCGCCGGGCGCCGUCUGCUCGCUGCCCGGCACAAUCUCGGCCAGAGGCGAGGUGAGCGGCUGCGCCUCGAGCGGCGCGCGCACGGAGGCUGGUGCGGCAGGGUGGAAGGAGGGGACGACGGGCUGUGCGCCGGGAAGCGCCGCAGCAGCUGCUGCAAGCGCGAUGCUCUUGUCCGACGCCGCCUUCGGGUGCGGCGUGCGCGGCGGCCGCGACGACGGCUCGCCAAGCGAGUCGGCCAGGCGCUGACGCAUGCCGCGAUGCCCCAGCCGCGACGAGUGCGAGGGUUCGGCGCGAGCCUGGCGCUGCUCGAGAGGCAGCGGCGUGGGCGUCUCGUCGCGGGAGAGCUCGAGUGGCUGAAUAUCGGGCCGCAGAGCCGUCUGCACCUGCAAGCCAGCCGCAGAGGCGCGCCGCGCGUGCAGGCCCACUGUGGCGACCGGCUGUUCGGAUGGCGGCGGCGAGGCAGCGUCCUGCACUGGCGCAGACGCGGCGGCCGCCUCGGCUGCGGCGACUGCGGCCGGCGCCGGCUUGAUGCGCGGCUGGUACGCCAGGCCGGCGGCGGCCAUGUCCUGCGGCUGCGUCGACGGUGCCUCGGGCAGCGCAGCGGCGUCGUGCGGCGAGUGCAGCGUGUCGCGCGACAUGCUGCUCGUCAUGCCCGGGCGGCCGCUGACGGAGCGGCGGAAGAAGUCGCGCAUGCGCCGGCGCUGCGGCGGCGACGAGGCCGAAGGCGUGGAUGCCUCAUCGCGCGCCGAGUGCGAGCUGGCACGCACGGCGGGAGCGGGCGCAGCCGGCGGCGGCGCAGACAUGGCGGCAGCAGGAGUGCGGAUUGUCUAGACGGACAUGGGCGGCGAGCGGACGAGGCGAGGCGCUGCGGCGGGAAGUCGGGAGCGCGAGGUGCGAGUUGCCCAGCUGCGCGCGGCGGGAGGCGCCUCGGUGGAGCCAGCACAGGCGUGCAGGAACAAGAUCGCUGGACCAGAGGCGAGGAUGAUUCUCGCGCGGCGUGGAUGCGGAUGGAGUUUGGGAGAGCGAGAGGUGUGGAGCGAAGGUGCGCAUGCGGCCUUGGCGCCGGCGGCGUGGGUGGAGCAGCGAGAGGCGCCGUGCCCGGAGCGCGAGACAAGCAUCACGCCGCAUGACGUCCGCCCGCCUGCCGCACGCCGAGAGUCGGCGGCUGCCUCGCCCGGCACGCCUCCUCUCGGCCUCCGCAGAUCGUCCCAAAUUGCCGCACUCUGCCGCUCACUCAAACGAAGGGGUUCCUGCUGUCUCCCACGU